AUGGAGUCGCCCCGCGGCGAAGAGGGAGCCGUGCUGAAGCCUGACUCACGGGAAGCCGAGGACACUUUGCCGAAGCCUGACUCACAGGAAGCCGAGGACACUUUGCCGAAGCCUGACUCACAGGAAGCCGAGGACACUUUGCCGAAGCCAGUCUCAGACGAGACAGCCGCGGCCGUUGCUGAGGACUUGCAGCGGAAGCCAGACUCCGUUGCUGAGGACGCAGCGGCCGCCGUUACUGAGCAGCUUAAGGAGGCCCAGCUGCCCACGGAUGAGGCCCAGCUGCCCGCCGUUGCCCAGGACGACCAGUUGCAGCCUGGCGGGGCCCAGAAGGGCGAGGAGAAGAUCGAUGAGCAGGCGACAGUGGAGGCAUCCCAGAUGGAGCAGAUGCAGGUCGAUGAGCAGGCGACAGUGCCGGCAUCCCAGGUGGAGCAGAUGCAGGCGUCUGAGGAAGCUGAGGGUGGGAAGUCUAAGCCCAAGCAGCUUUCGGGUGCCGUCAGAUUCGCAGUGGAUAACCCGGAGCUGCUGCGCCGCUUUGACUUCAAGGAGUCAGUCAUGGCGCUGAAGCCAGGCGAGACUGAGCACGACCGGGACUGCAGGUUGGCCCACAACCUGUAUGUUCGCUACAACAAGUCCCUGAAGAGUCCGAACUGCCCGCCGGAGGUGGCAGACAUGGCGCAGAAGGCCCGCCGUGGCAGCCGAACGAUCGAGACCAUGUUCGCCGAUUGGGUGUCGAGCAGAGGGGUUUAUAUCCGCCUGAAAGACCUCAUCGCUCGGGAGGGGGAAGGGCCAGCGAUGGCGAUCUAUGCCGAGAAGAAACGGUUGCAGGAAACGGAGGGGAACGACGAGGAGCCAUUCUGGCUCAAGCACCCGGAGCUGCCGGGAAACCAGGCGAAUGGUUCCUAA